UGGUCAGAUCUUUUAACUUUUUGGAUUUUGGGGGAAAGAAAAAUAAAAAUUCCGCUCUCCUCUGGGUGUGGUACUAGAUAGAGGCGAAGUUUAGUUCUCCGGCUGAAUCAAUUUACGACGAAUCGGAAAAAGUCGAUACCCUAGAACUGAAUAAAUGUCGACGUGGCAAUUAUUUUCCGAUUCCAGCGGCGAUGGUUUCCGGUGGGAAGUCGCUGGCCGGAUUCUCCAGUCCGACUCGGAUUCUACUCCAACCAAGGCGCUCGAAUCCACAGCUCCUCUACCUUCCAUGGCCGAUCUCUUGCUCCAAGGAUGCUCGAAGCUUAUAGAACGGGAGGAAGCGCUGCCUGGGGAAAUCCCAAUGUUCAGGACUGGCCUGGGGAAGUCUGUACCUCUAAAAGAGUCUUCCAUGGCUAAAGCCAAAUCCCUUUUAGCAGAUUCAGAUUUGCAGAACACUAAUUGCUCAAAUCCCCAAAUGAGACAAGUGGAUUCAGCUGAAACUUUGCCUAUGUUCAGGACGGCCUUGGGCAAAUCUGUCCCUUUGAAAGAGUCUUCAAUUGCCAAAGCUUUGUCUAUUCUAGCAAGUGAUAAGAUUAUUGACUCAGACUACGUUCUUCCCAGGGAGAGUGGGUUUGGUGUGCCCAACACGCUUUUUCAAACAGCUUCUAACAAGAAGGUUAAUGUAUCUUCUGCCGGUUUAGCAAGAGCCAAGGCAUUGCUAGGACUAGAAGAAGAUGAUUUGAAUGGAUUUAACCAUGUGAACCAGUCGUCUUCUUCCCUCCAGCAACAUGGGUUGUCCGUUUUAAAAACUCAUGAGGAGUUUGACGCUACAGUGGUUAAGCAUCAUUCAGGAACUCCAGGACAAUAUGAGGAUUAUGUGUCUGGGAAGAGACCUGAAAUCUUAAAUCCAUCUUUAAAGGUGCCUCCAACAAAGUUUCAGACUGCUGGUGGAAAAUCAUUGUCAGUGUCAGCUGAGGCGUUGAAACGUGCCAGAAACCUUCUUGGUGAUCCUGAGUUAGGGUCUUUCUUUGAUGAUGUGGCUGGAGGUGAUCAAUUUGUUACACCACAGAAAGAUGAAAGGUUAGGUGAUAUUGCUAUAAACAAUGGAAGUGCCAACACAGGUUAUAUUGCUCAUGAAGAAAAGUCAAGCAACAAACAUACGUCAAAUAGUUUUGUAUCUCCUCUUCGGUCAUCUUCAAAGCAAUUUAGAUCAGUCAACUUGGAGAACCUAGCUUCAGGGGGUAAUUUGAUCAAGAAAUUUGAUGCAGCUGUUGAUGACACAGACUGUGCUCUGAAUAUCACUGAACUUGCUACACAUGGACUAUCAAAUAACAAGCCUAUAGCAUCUAAUAUGGCAGUGACUAAUUCCAAGGAAAACGGUUUCAUUCCAAGAGCUAGGCAAUUUGGAAGGCCAGCUGAUCAGCCGCUUGUCGAUAUAACAAAUUGCAGUGAUACAGCUUAUGCAAACAUUAAACAAGACAGUACCCAAAAGAAAAGGCUGGGAAAGACAGUCUCCGUCUCUCCUUUCAAAAGGCCAAGGAUUUCAUCCUUUAAAACUCCUUUAAAGAAAAAUGCUCAGCAAGCUUCAAGUGGUUUGUCUGUUGUAUCGUGUGAUACACUUACUUCCAAAAAGGUGCUUUCUACAAGAUACCCAGAAAAGUCUCCAAGAGUAUAUAUCAAGGAUUUUUUUGGAAUGCAUCCAACAGCUACGACCAAGAUGGAUUAUGUGCCAGACCAUGUCAGAAGAAUCAAAUCAAGUAAUGCAGAUAAAUAUGUAUUCUGUGAUGAGUCUUCUUCAAACAAGGUUGGAGCUGAAACUUUUCUUCUAAUGUUGGCUGAGUCUGGUGCUUCCUUACAACAUGCAUCCAGAAAGUGGGUCACUAAUCACUACAGGUGGAUAGUCUGGAAACUUGCAUGCUACGACAUAUACUACCCAGCCAAAUGCAGAGGAAACUUUCUGACAAUCACCAAUGUUCUUGAGGAACUAAAAUACAGAUAUGAGAGAGAGGUCAAUCAUGGUCAUUGCUCCGCAAUCAAGAGGAUUCUGAGUGGUGAUGCUCCAGCUUCUUCAAUGAUGGUGCUCUGCAUAUCAGCUAUUAAUCCUAAGACCGAUAAUGAUUCUCAGGAAGCACAUUGUUCUGAUAUUUGCAGCAAUGUGAAAGUAGAACUCACUGAUGGGUGGUACUCGAUGAAUGCUGCUCUGGAUGUCGUGCUAACAAAGCAGCUGAAUGCUGGCAAAUUGUUUGUCGGGCAGAAGCUUCGAAUCCUCGGGGCAGGACUUUCUGGCUGGGCUACCCCAACAUCACCACUUGAGGCAGUGAUUUCAAGUACAAUCUGUUUGUUGUUGAAUAUUAAUGGGACAUACAGAGCUCACUGGGCAGACCAACUAGGCUUCUGUAAAGAAAUUGGUGUCCCUCUGGCUUUCAACUGUAUCAAGUGCAAUGGGGGUCCAGUGCCUAAAACGCUAGCUGGCAUCACACGAAUAUACCCCAUCCUAUACAAGGAAAGGUUAGGUGAAAAGAAGUCAAUAGUUCGAUCAGAGAGAAUGGAAAGUAGAAUUAUACAGCUGCAUAAUCAGAGGCGCUCAGCUCUUGUUGAGGGUAUUAUGUGUGAGUACCAGAGAGGAAUUAAUGGUGUUCACAGCCAGAACGACACUGACAGCGAAGAAGGAGCCAAGGUCUUUAAGCUGUUAGAGACGGCUGCUGAACCUGAACUCCUAAUGGCAGAAAUGAGCCCAGAGCAGUUGACAUCUUUCACUAUAUAUAAAGCAAAAUUUGAGGCAGCCAAGCAAAUGCAGAUGGAAAAAUCAGUGGCAAAAGCACUGGAAGACGCUGGCUUAGGUGAAAGGAAUGUCACCCGAUUCAUGAGGAUUAGGCUUGUUGGCCUGACGAGUUUAAGUUAUGAAGGAGAGCACAAUCCAAAAGAAGGCAUUGUAACAAUCUGGGAUCCCACGGAGAGACAGAGAACCGAGCUGACAGAGGGAAAAGUAUACAUAAUGAAAGGGCUGGUACCAAUGAACUCAGAUUCAGAAACACUUUACUUACAUGCCAGAGGAUCUAGCUCGAAAUGGCAGCCUUUGUCUCAGAAAGAUUCUGCAAAUUUUCAGCCCUUUUUCAACCCACGUAAACCAAUCUCUUUGUCAAAUCUUGGUGAAAUUCCUGUUUCAAGUGAAUUUGAUAUCGCUGCGUACGUUGUAUAUGUUGGAAAUGCAUACACGGAUGUUCAACAAAAGAAGCAGUGGGUGUUUGUGACAGAUGGAUCCACUCAACAUUCAGGGGAAAACUCAAACAGUCUUCUUGCUAUAAGCUUCAGCACCCCAUCCAUGGAAGAUAGCUCUAUUUCCCACAUCAGCCAUAAUUUGGUUGGAUCCGUGGUCGGAUUCUGCAAUCUAAUUAAAAGAGCAAAGGAUGCGAAAAACAAAAUGUGGGUUGGUGAGGCAACAGAGAACUCAGUGUACUUCAUAAACGCAGAAGCUGCCUACUCUUCUCACCUCAAAACCAGCAGUGCCCAUAUCCAAGCAUGGGCUAAGCUCUCUUCUUCCAACACCGUCAUCCAUGAACUUCGGCAAACAGUCCUAUCUAUAAUCGGUGCUUGUAAAUCACCUUCAUGCUGAAGAUACACCUCUUCUCUUAAUUUUUGUUCAUAAGCCUUAAGUUGUCUAACCCACCCUGCAGAAUGUAUCUAUUAAAGCCCAUUUUGCUACAUAAAUUUCGUACAAAUAAACAAUCUUUACAUUUUGCUAAA